AAGCUUAAACAAAUGUUUCGUGCUGUAUGUCUUUCCGGUUCAUGCUGCUGUGCAUGUGACAGAGUUAUGUAUUCAUCACUUGAUGAGGUAAUCUUUCCUUCUCCUUCUACACCAAACCGGUCGUGUCAAGCAGAUUGAAUUGUGCACAAGCUGUUACAUUAUGCUGCCUUCAAGUGCCUGUUGGAAAAGACGGUAUUUGGAGUUCAGCAUACUAUGAUUUUUUUUAAGGGGUAAAAAAGGCUUCAAUUUUCACUGGUUAAUCUUCACUGGAAUUGUAUUUGUCAUAGAACAUUAAUAGAAAUUCAAAUUGUUUAAGAUAUUAAAUUAAUUUUCCAACAAGCCAUAUACGACUGCAUACAUUUUGGUGUUGUCCCAAACUUCUUCUUAAAGGCACCAAGUAGUAAUUGUUCUGGACCUAUAUGUUAGUACUGUAGAAGCUUUUUCUAUAUGGGAGAAGUAUGAAAAAGGAAGUAGGGCAUGAUGCAGUAUCGCAGAGUUCAGUCUCAUGUCAUUUCCAUAUUUGCAGAAAUGGCCUUGGAGUGAAGACUCCUCUCAAUCAUACACAGAUUAUAUAUCACCACCACAACCAAUAAUGCUUUCGGUAUCACCAUGAGCUGGUUUGUUUAUUGCAAAAUCUGGCAACUAUCAAAUUAUAUUCUAGGAAACGGAUUCAAUAAUAUUUUUUUGUUGCCUUUUGUUUCCACCUGUGUGCAUCUGCUGAAAAGGGUUUAUGUGACAUGUGAUAAGCCACAAGAUUCGCCAUGUUGUUAAAAGGCCUCAAGGUUGUUCUCUAAACAUGACCUCUUCAUGAUUGCAAAGAUGUUUUUGUGCUGCUGUCUUAUCUCAAGUCUGAGGUUGGAGUUUAUUCAAGCUGAUUAGAAAGAUUGAUCCUUUGAACCAGUUUUGCAAUGCUUUUAAAUGAUGAAUGCCAGUGUCUAAUUGUCGUUCCUAUAUUCUCAGGUCUGGAGCGAUACCAUUCCAUCAUCAUAACAAAGGACUAUAUGAUGAGCAGCCCGUCAGUGAACACUAUUGUUGACCCAGUGUUUCAAAGCAAGAUGCCACUAUUGGACGGGACCACAGCAUCCACAGGACUGUCAAAACCACAACAUAUGUCUGGUUUCCUGGGUAAGCAGAUGCUCCAGUACAACGGGGCAUACUUCACUUAUGAUCCCAGAGGAAAGGACGGGGAGGGAUUCACUCCUCCUUGGAGAAACUCGAAAAGCUCUUUGGUGGAUGGCAGAAGUCCUGUGAGUCACGUCUCCAGCAUAGAUGGACAAAACCACAUCAUUUACAGGCAAGACAGCAAUUCUUCAGAGGAAGGCCAUUGUCAUUCUUCUUCUCUACAUCACACCCCAGUAAAACAGGCCUUCACGUUAUUCACUAAAAGUCCUGGGAUGAGUAGUCCUACAGCUGCUGCAUCAGGGGCGGCUCUUAGAAAACUAAAAACUGGAGGCGAGAAUGCAUCUCCCCCAUCUGAAAACUCUGUUUACUUGGCGAUUCCUAAACCGGUUUAUGUGCAUAACCCCUGCUGUAAUGAACUGGGUUGUGUGAUGGGACAACGCUACAGUGUGGAACACGGCUCUCCUCGGAUACCAAACCCUGUGUAUGAGCAUGAUUGGAUGCAAACUGAUACUCAUUACACUGAAAGACCGCCCCUCCAGAGGAAAGCACAAGACACACUGCCGCAACCGAAAGGUUUACAGAUUGAGCCCAGUGCAGAACCACUAAAUAGGAUCACUGUGGAGACAUGCAGCCCCGGUAGAGCAAGGAAUUUUCCUGGUUUGAUUGACUCAAAUUAUGGCAGUUACCCCUGCACCCCGACCCGCACACUGUAUGGUUCUCCAAGUGAGCCGAGCCAGCGUUUACAGACACCCCCCAGAGGUUACCCUAGCUUAUACUCCUCCCGUCCCAUAUAUGAGCAUAUGACCUCAGAGGUUUAUCGGGAGCAUUCUCCCAUGACCAAAUAUGGCCAGCUAACGCAGCACCCAAUGUUUUACUACUCCCAGGCAAAUGUGGAGGUAGAAAACGGGACACAGUUUAAGCAGAGAGAAGAUGUGCCUGUUAUACUUAAACGCACAAUCUCAAACCCCCGAGAGCAUUACAUAGUGCCUCAUUCGUUUCAUGGUGAAAUUCCUCUUCCAGGCAGGGAAAUGUUGCCAAAUCAUGCUCUGAUGCAGGGUUUUGACUAUCCUUGUUUUGCAGUACCCAGAUUUCAUUUCAAUUCAAGCCAAAUCGAAGCCGCCCUAAAAAGUCAACAUGCAUCGCCUAGCUUUCACUCUUCUCCCGUAAAUGUUUCCCCGUCCAGCCAAUACAUGGAGCACCCCAUGGCCUCUGCAACCAACCUACACAAGGACAAGCCCAACGGCAGUCUGUGUGCUGGCCAAUCACACAACAACUCGCCAUUCCUACGUGUGGACCAAACCAGUCCUAGCAGACGUGUUAGCCAUGCUGGUGUGUCGCCACCCAGCAUACAGACUAACCGAUUCCUUCCACCACUCACCAGCCUGCACAUGGACCGACCCGUCUUUCCACCAACUGGCUUGAGCAUGGACAGAAUCUUGGACUAUUCCUCUAGUGAAUCCCAGGUUAGGUGCCUGAAAAAGCCCAAAAGCCUCCCCGUUUCCCCAGCGACAUGGCUGCCCGGGUCAUCGGAUCGAAUCCACCCAGCUCAACCUAAUUGUGCAAAUGUACGAAAACAUAUUUAUUCCCCUGCUGCUGCACCAGAAAAUCAACACAAUGGCCCUGUGUCCAGUUCAGACACUCCUGUUCUGAAAGGGAACCUGAAGAGAAGUAUUACUCGCUCAUCUUCACCCAUCAAAAUAAAAGACGAGGCUAGGGAUUUAUGUGAGGUGGAACAAGUUAAGAAAAAACGAAGGGUAGAAAUGGAGACUGGAGAAGUAGGACAUGAAGCAGACUCUCAUCCUAUGCCAGUUAUUGACAAUGUCUUCAGUCUGGCACCUUACCAAGCAUACCUGCAGGCGUCUGGAGGGUUAUUUCCAGGCAGAAUUGUCCAGUCAGCUGAGCAACGUGAAGACAAAACCAGGCAAGACAUUAAAGCAAAAAGGCCCACUCGAGAUGAACAGCAGUCACUUGUCUGUCUGCUUUCCAAAACCACGCGUGCAGAUACUCCAACAGAGAAACCUGCUGUACAGAUCUUUGAACCCAAAAACAUUAAGGUGGAAAAAGUAGAUCCGUCAAACCCUGAUGACUUCUCAAAGUCACCUGUUAGUCCAAGUUACUGCAGCAAAAUAACAAUAAAAAAAGAACAUGAAGAGACUUGUUCAUUCGACAGUGAAGCCAUGUUGGUGAUAAAGAAAUGUGAACCUGAUGAACUUGAAGGUAAACCCUCAUUAGCAGAUGAAACUGCUUUGCAUAAGUCCAAACCUGGUGAGGUAGCUGCACAGAUGAGCUUGUCUUCUCAGGCUGAUAUGUGCACACUGCGUGAACAGGUGGUCACCCUGCAACCCAACGUCAUCACUCCACUUCAACCACCUGAGAGCAAAGUCGAUUUUAAAAACAUUCCUCCCCAGUGUCUGAAACUGUCUAACUACAAGUUAAUUUUCUGUGAAGUGAAGCAUUCUGGUCCAGCUGUACUCCCAGAGAGGCCACCUGCUCAGCCAAUACCUGAAUGUAUACCAAAACUAGAAGUCCAGAUGCCAGUCCGCAAGCACUUCUUUGAGAUGCACCAUUCGCUCUCCAAGUUGGUAUCCAACUUUGUGUCGGCCUCUUCGGAGCAGGAGCUCAGAACGUGGUUGUCUCAGUUGGAACUGGUGGAAGUGGUCUCUCCAGCCAAAGUGCAGAAAGUGUCUUGUUUGUUGGGGGUGAAGGCGAGAGAGGUGUGGCUCAAUGAGGAGAUGAAGUCAGCGCUCCAUAAUGUCCUGGACAGGUUGAGAGAGUACACCGCCCAAGAGCGCUGUCCUUUCCCACACGUCAUGCGGACGGGGGCGGUGUUCCUCCCCAUGUUGGUGGUGAAGGAGCUGCUGUUUCCGAUGGUCCAGGGCAGCUUCAUCGACCAGGUCCUGCAGGAGCACCGAGUGGAGCUGCGGCCCACCACGCUCUCCGAAGAAAAGCUCCUCAUCCAGUUCCACAAAAGAGCCUGUUCCUCCAAGCUCCGAAGACUGAUGUCUCUCAAACACCUACCCAACAUCUACGCGGACGUGGUCAACCUUAUGUAUCACACCUGUGUCUGCAAACAUCUGGAAUCAACCUCACCUGAUGUCCAAAAGAGAGCCCAGGACUAGAUCUGGAAGAUCCUGCUGACGAAGAAGAUGAAGGGUGGGAGGAGACUAUCAGCUGCAGGAGUCCUUCAUCUUCAGACGUCAAUGCCUCACCCUCGGAAUCCCACCCACAGGGAUGUCCGACGGACCACGAAAAAAACAGGAAUAAACGAAAAAGCAGGGUAAAGACCAGUUCCAGGCGUAUGUUUCUGGACAACAGUUCCUCAGAGAAGGAAGAGGCAGAUGACCCCAGUACGACUGUAAGGGGAGGUGUGCUGGAUGCAUUAAGUGAGAAAACCUGGAGAGGCCAUCAUGAAGAGACUGAAAAUACAGGAAGUGACCGCAUGGUUGCAGAGCAGGAUUCCUCACUCAUUCCACUUAGCACAACUUUAGAAAAUUCAUGGAUGUGUCCUAUAAUCUUUGACCCGCUUUCUCCAUCUCCCAGUGACACAAAGACGGAGGAAUACUCCAGUCUGCAGCCUGUUGGAGCAAAGUCUCCGGAUAGAUCCAAGAAUUGUUCAGGUGUGAUUCUCAAACUGAGGAGGAUGUUUAGUGGAGGUCUAAACCGGAAAAAGGCGCACUACCAAGCAGUCUCGGACACGGGGUCAUCUGCCGACCCGUCCGACUUGCGUACUGAUGAUGGGGGAGGAGAAGUGAGCGGCGAGACGGACCGUCACAGGAGGACGCCCAGAGUGACCCACAGGUGGCAGAGAACGGGAAGCUUCCCUCACGCGUUAAGACCCCUGAGCAGCUCUUCUAAAAGAAAACGCCGAUCGCUGGUGAAGAUCAAAUACUGUCCCUACUUGUCUACCUGCCACAGCGCUGAACACAGGAGGCGGUGGGUCCUGCGUUCGGCCGUCCAGAGGGCUCAGAGGGCCAUGAGGUUCUACCCAGACCUGGUCGGAAAGAGGAUUCGUCAUCUGUAUGAAGAAGAUGACAAAUCCGAAGUGUGGUACAGAGGGGAAGUGCUGCGUAUCCAGGAGGCUCACCCCAACCCUCUCAAGACUAUAUUUGAGGUCAGGUAUGACAGUGAGCCAGAGUGGAAGUACUACCUAGAGCUACUAAUAGACUAUAAAAAAGGCUGGCUCAAAGUGGAAGACUAGUUCACCCAAAUAAUGACUUUCUGCCAUGUCACACUGCAAUCACAAUCCCCUGCUGUUUGUUUACUUUCUAACAGUAGGCUGAUACCUUCUCAGGAAUAAAGUAGGAGUGGAUGAUUGUUUUGUAAUGAGGUUAACUACACAUUCUUUGUCACUUGCAACUGCAGUUUAUAGGCCCUGACCAUAGCCAAUGUGCAACAUCAUGUAUGUCUUCUUUUUUUAAGCGACGCCUCUAUAAAUAGCUUUUCUGGUUUCAUGUAAAAAAUAGAUUGUAGUUGGUUCUUAAAAUGCUACAUUUUAAUCUAUAACUGAUGCAAAACAAAUCCAUGAUACUUUAGGUUUUAAGAAAAACAUGUUGGCAACUAUGAACUUUGGUAUUUAUUGUCUUUAUCCACAUUUCUGGUUAAUACAAUGUUAUUUGGAGUGAAGUGAAUCGUUUUCUAUUUAUAUUUUGCCAAUCAAAUUAGAAACCAGAUUUGUAUUGUUGCAUAGAGCCAGCCACAUGUAGGUUUACAAUAGUAGUGCCAGUCUUGUACAUCAUAAGAGGAUCGUCCCCCUGUGGUUGGUAUUUUAGUUGAGUGUGUUUUAAUGAAGCUGGAGAGGCGGCCAUGUCGUUCUGUACUAAGCUGCUCGAGGACUUGAGCGACACCCGCCUGUCACAGCAUUUUACUCACUGUGAACCUUCACCUCAUUUUAUAAACAUGUUGAAGUGCUGUAUACCUCUGCAGAUGAAACUGUUGGAAACAUCAUCCUCACGCCUAAAUAAAUGUUUGUAAUGAU